CUUUAUCUGGAUCUGAUCCCGGAAAAAUCGAAACCCCAAAAAGAACACAUCACCAAUCAUGUCGUACUACCCCAAAGGUCACCACUACGAAUCCGGCGACGAUGUCGAUGACUUUGACGACUACGAUUCAACCCCUUAUGGAGGAGGCUACGACAUCCACCUCACCUAUGGCCGCCCUCUCCAUCCAUCGGAGGAAAUAUGCUAUCCUGUCACCUCAACUUCCUCCAGCGGCUUCGAUUAUGAAAGUUCCAUCUAUACCUCCUCCGCCGAGCCCUCUGCAUACGGCGUAGAAGCUCUUAACGAGGAAUACAAAAGCUAUGUUCGAUCCAAGCCCCGCCCGGGUCAUGCAUAUGGACGCCCCCCUGCUGCUGUAGGUUACGGCGGUGGAUCUGGUUAUGGCAGGCAUGAGGAGCCGCCUUCUGAGUAUGGAUCUGGAUAUGGCAGGCGUCCGGAGGAGCCCACUUCGGAGUAUGAAUCUGGUUAUGGGCGGAGGCCGGAGGAGCCGACUUCGGAGUACGAUUCUGGUUAUGGGCGGAGGCAUGAGGAACCGACUUCCGAGUACGGAUCUGGAUACGGCAGGAAGCAUGAGGAGCCGACUCCGGAAUACGGAUCUGGAUAUGGGCGUAGGCAGGAGGAGCCGACUCCGGAAUACGGAUCUGGAUAUGGGMGKAGGCAGGAGGAGCCGACUCCGGAAUACGGAUCUGGAUAUGGGCGUAGGCAGGAAGAACCGAUUUCCGAGUACGGAUCUGGAUAUGGGAGGCCCGCCAAAUAUGGGGAGGAGCAAACUGAGGAAGCGUAUGGUGGCGGUCGAGAGGAGAGACCUAGUUACCGAAGGGGCGAUGAUGAUGAAGGUUAUGGUGGGCGUAAGAAACAUGGAGACGAUGAUUCUGAUGAGGAUGAUGAGAGGAAGAAGCAUAGGCACCACCAUCGCAAGCACUAUGAUGAUUGAGAUCGAUAUCAAGCUCUUUGUUUCUCGAAGCUACUGGUAUAAAUAAAGCCAACUGGUUUGUGCCUUCUUUUUUAUGUAUGUUUGCUGUGUGAAAUGCUAAUUUCGGUUUCGUUGAAUUGUGUAAUAAAAUUCCCAUACUUUUGGGCUCUCUGUUCUGAUCUUAUGUUCACAAGUAUGUUUGAAA